AUGGCCGCCGCUUCUGCAACGGAGGACGAUCUCUACAGCGGUUUUGAUGACUACGAUCACGCAUAUGAUACUCAGAAUAUCGUUCAUGAUCGUUCCUUUCAACAAGCCGUAGCUAGAUCCAGUCAUGGUCGUCGACCAGUAAGUUACUCUUUACUACGAUUUUUUGGGUAUCUGAUAAAAAAUGUGUCAUCGAAAAGUCGAUGUAUUUGUAAAUGUAUCAUAGUGCUCUCUAUCUCUCAGGAUCCUAAGCUUGUGAGAAUUGAACCAGAACAUCGAAAAACCCGACGAGGCUCUUUACAGACUACAUCGAUGGCAGGGCGAGCUCCGUCUGCUUACGGUAUGGCCCCACGUUCCAGCUAUGGAGUAGUUUCGUCCUAUGGCCUUCAAAGUCGAACGGGAAGAACCUCGUUCGCGACCAGAAACGAGCCGGCCAGACCGAUGACAGCCGUCAGAGCAGCCGGAUAUACCUCGUUUGCCAAUAAAGGUCCGUUUUGCGAACGAGUCUGCCUAGCUAGUAAGGCAUUUGUUCAGAGCCGAUUUCAAGCUGCCGAAUCAGCUGCAGUGGCAGAUUCCAAGAGUACAGAAUCGAUCGAACAAAAGUGCAAGGAAAUGGAGCAGCGGGUGAUGGAUAUGUUGAAGGAGAGCGUAUUCGCGGCCGAAAAACGGAAUCUCAAAGAGGCUCUGGAUAAAGCUAAGGAGGCCGGUCGACGUGAAAGGGCUGUGGUCAAGUACAGAGAGCAACAGGAUGUCGUCGAAUCAAUGAAUAUCGAUUUAACGUUUACCGUAUUAUUCAACUUGGCUCAGCAGUAUAUGGCAAAUGAUAUGGCGAACGAGGCACUUAACACAUAUCAGAUUAUCGUGAAGAAUAAAAUGUUCCCAAAUUCUGGUCGCCUGAAGGUCAACAUUGGCAAUAUCUAUUUCAAGAAAAAAGAUUACAAUAAAGCCAUAAAGUACUACCGUAUGGCUCUUGAUCAAGUGCCAAGUAUUCAGAAGGAGACCAGAAUCAAAAUUCUCAACAAUAUCGGUGUUGCAUUCAUCAAGAUGGGAAAAUACGACGAGGCAAUGUCUACAUUCGAGCACUGUGUUGACGAAAGGGCCGACUUCAAGACAGCACUGAAUAUGGUGUUGACCGCGUACUGUCUUGAAGAUGCAGAUCGGAUGCGUGACGGUUUUCAGAAACUACUCGAUGUACCACUCGAUGAUGAUGAGGAGAACAAGCCUAAUGAUAAGGACGACGUACUGAUGACACAAGUGCUCAACAAUGACAGCUUACGUCAGUUUGCCAGACGUCAACGAGCUGAUGCUGAACGAGCGAUUCUGACUGCAGCAAAGACGAUCAGCCCAGCGAUCGCUUCCGACUUUGCCUCCGGCUAUGAAUGGUGCGUGGAGACGAUCAAGCAGUCAGUUCAUGCCUCUUUGGCCACAGAAUUGGAGAUGAGCAAAGCUGGAGAGCUGUUGAGAAGAGGAGACCUCGAUGGAGCUGCUGAGGUUCUAAAAGUGUUCCACUCCCAAGAGUCGAAAAUUGCCAGUGCAGCCGCUAAUAAUCUGGGCAUGCUGAAGCUUCUGCAAGGAGGUGACAAACUGCAAGAAGCCGAGCAAUAUGUAGAGCAAUCGCUGGCUAUGGACCACUACAACGCUAAUGCUUUAGUCAAUGCCGGUAAUAUUGCCUACCUACGGGGAGAUUACGAUAAAGCCUAUGCCAACUACAGAGAGGCUUUGAAUAACGAUGCGGGUUGUGUUCAGGUAAGUAUAGAGCAUAUAUAA